AUGGCUCCCCCACCGGCGAGAGAAAUUUUCGAUGGGAAGUAUGUUCUCGUCGAAGGGCGGGGCAAGAUCGGGGGCGGGGCCUACGGGGAGGUGUUCCUCUACCGCGACGCGGCCACCGGCGAGCUGGUGGCCGUGAAGCGGUGCCGCAUCGCGCCAUCCGAUGAUCCCGGAGAGCUGUGGGGAGAGCGGAUGGCCACCUGCGCCAUCCGCGAGGCGUCCGUCCUGGAGGAGCUCAAGCAGGCGGGCGGGCACGAGAACAUCAUAGGUUUCAAAGGGGUUAACAUGAUUGAAGAUCGGUCGUACAUGCUGCUGGCAUUCGAGUACAUGGAGACGAGCCUGUGCGACUUCAUGAUGGAGUUCCAUGCAAGAGAUGUUUAUGAUGGAAGGGUCCCGAAGGUGCUCCUGCUCCAAAUGCUGAAAGCUGUGAGCUACCUUCACAGCAGAAGGAUAAUGCACAGGGACCUAAAGCCAGCGAACGUGAUGGUUGACAGGGAGAAACUGCGCCCGUGUUUGCUCGACUUCGGACUUGCUCGAGGAUUCAAUCUUCCAGCACAGCGUUACUCACCGGAGGUAGUGACAUCAUACUACAGGGCCCCAGAACUGCUCCUUGGCGCCAAGCAGUACGACGCGGCGGUGGACAUGUGGUCAAUUGGGUGCAUCUUUGCGGAGAUGGUGAAUGGGGAGGUGCUGUUCCUCCCUAGAGAUGAAGAACCGCAAGAAUGGGCCAUCUUCAGGAUCAUGGGAGUUCCCGACAACUUGCCUCAGGUGCUGAAUUUGGAAGGAACCCCGAGGCCGAACUUCGACACCCGCCCGCCGAUCCCGCUCCAAGAAGUGGUGCCGCGCCUGAUGGCCGAGCCACACGGCAUUGACUUGCUAUCUCGAAUGCUGACGUACCCGCCUGGAGAGAGGAUAAGUGCGGACGACGCCCUGGAGCACCUUUACUUUCAGGAUCUGCCCGCGGACAUGCGCUUGGGAAUUUCUUGA